AUGAGCUUGGAAACGUCUGAUUCGCUGAGGCAACAGUUCCAGUUAAUACAGGAACAGCAACAGAAGAAACUUCUUGCCAGGAAACAACGGAAAGCAAAGAAUAAUGAGAAAACAGGGCAAGAAGAUGCUAGCUCAACUACAGACACCUUUUGGGGUCAUGACGGACAAACUGACAAUUUAGAUUUAAAGGUUUGCAAGAUCUAUAUAUAUGUAUUAUUUUAUUUAUAUAUAAUUCAUAUAAAAACACUGUCUUUCUAGUUUGAUCACAUAUUUACAUUAUAUAUGCUAAAACAACAUAACAGCAACAACUUUAACAUCGUGGCAGCGCGUCAGACUCGUAAUGCGGCGGUCCCGCUGGGUUCAAUUACUUGCUGGAUUUGUUCGUGGUUGUCCCGAGUUCAAAUCCUUGGCCACGCUUGUAAAUAGCCAACUUGUUGCCUCCUGCCAGUUGGAGUUUUUAAUCCAUUUAUGUUGUAUUUGAAUUAUUCGUUUUUUAAGCAUUUGAGAGGAGUGCCUGUAAACUAGCUGGAUGAGCUAAGUGCACUUUCCACUAUAAAACAGCCUAAUUAAACCUUUUUAACAUUUUAUUACUUUAGUAGUUACUAAUUAGAGACCUUUAGAUUCCAGGACGAGAACGAGUACGAGUAUGAGAUUUAACUUAAAGUUUUUUUUUGCUUAUUCUCAAAAACUAGACACCCCGCGGGAAAGCUUUAUUGUACUUUUUUUAUUCAUAAGACAAGAUAGCAGUGUUAUCUAUAUUGAAGGAGCUUAAGCCCUCUCUCGAUCGCAAAAUGAUAAAACUUCUAACAUUUUAUAACUCGCUUCCGCCACUACGACAUUCUCACUAAAACUUGUAGUACUGAACGAGAACAGCUAUAACGUUUUCCCGCCAAAAUGGCGCUGGCUCAUGCGCGUGCACUACCUAGUAUUGAGGAAAUCUCAUCCUCGUAGUCGUAUGUGUCUUAGAAUAUAAAGGUCUCUAUUUAGUGGUGCUUUAAGACUCCUGGCCAGGGAGUAGUACAUUAGAAAGCCUGCAUGUAUGUGAUACCCAAUAGGCAAGGGUUGAGGAAAGUCAUCCUCUAACAAAAUCAUUAACUAAGACAAGCAAGAAAUUGCCCUGGGCAGGCAAAAUGAGAGAGCUGGAAUUCAUUUUUUUUUUUCAAGCCCUGAACACACAAGCACAUAAACAGUUUGUUAAUGUUGAAUUGUACAAUUUAACUUCUCAUUUAUACAUGUAUCUCAUUGUGCAUUACUUUUCUACAUUAUAUGACACAUCAUCAUCAUCUCGAUUAGCCUGAAAUUCAUCCGAUUGCUUCAAGUCAUUUUCUCCUCUCAACAACAUCUGAAUCGACCGGCCCUUAAUGCCGUCCAGUGACGUCACUCACUACCCGAAAACCGGGUAGUGAUUUUGAUUGCUUGAUUGUCUAAACAUUCGAAUAAUUAUGUAUAAUUAUGAAAAAUUUUAGCGGGAUUGUCGCUUGAUAUUCAGCGGAUCGCAUCCCUGGCAUUCUUUCGUUUAGUUCAAACAUUCCGAUAAGCUUUAUCUUUAUCUUAAACGGCAAAAUUGCCGUUGUCUUCGAAACUGAAAUGCUAAAUUGACCUGGGAAUAAGGAAUCAUUAUGGAGAGUCGGUAGGUUUUUCAGGGGUUUUUUUUGUUGUUUUCUUUUUGUUGUUUCAGCGGCCGGUGAAGUUUUCUGAGAUCAAUGUUAUAAUUCUUCCUUCUUGCUAUUUUUACCGUCAAGUGUAGUGAUUCUGUUAGCUUUUCUUUCUUGUCUCCUUGUUUUUUUCUUCGCUAAGGACCAAAUAGCUUCUUUUCAAUUAAAGCAAAUCAUUGUGUUUUUGAACUAAGUUUUCCGUGUGUGUGUUUAUUUCAUUUCGUGAUUGCGACCGAGUUUGAUUAUAGAAUUUAGUACAACCGAUUUAGAGUUGUACUGCAUGCAGUUGAUAGUUUGAACGUUAAACAUGAAUUACAAUCGAAAAAAAUAAAGCAGUUCUGUAUCAUGCAGACAUUUCCAAACGAUAUUUCUCGGUUUGCCACUUGAAAAUCGUGUUUUACUUUUUGCAUGAGUUAAAGCAAAGGUCAAGGAGUAGUGAUGUCACUGGACGGCAUUAUCGGCCCGUCAAUUCAGACGUUACUGAGGGAGUAAUAACGACUCAAAGUAAUCGGAUGAAAUUCAGGCUACAUCUCGAUUAGGUUGGUAAGAGCCAUCAGUUAGGCAACACACCAACCGCUUACAAAUAUAAAUUAAAAAGUAAAAAUUACAUGCAACAAUUAGUAUUCAGAAUAAAAAAGUAAAAAAAUUAACUAAGGUAGUUCAACUAGAUUCUUCAGUUAACAAAGAUCCAUGAAAGUCAGCAAUAUAUUUACAUAUUGUACAUGUACUCAAAAAUGGUGUACAUGUAUAUUUAUGUAUUUCAUUUUUCUGGUCACUUAGUUACAUGUCUGGUCAAAAUGAGAUUUGUCCGGACAUUGUCCAUUGAUUGGUUGUUAUUUGAGCCCUGCAGGUGGUGUAUGAAAUGCUACAUGAAAAGGCAAAUAAAGCACCAUAUGUGAAAUUACUGCCAACAAAGCCACAUCAAUUUUUAUGGUCUCACCAUCAUAUGAUUUCAUCCACAGACUCAAAAGUUGUAGAACCAUUUUCCAAGACUCCAUAAGGGUUAAAAGAUGUUGAGUCCAGACUUCCUUUAAACCUCAAAAGGCAAAAACCUUGAUUUUCUAAACCUAGAGCUGGGAAAAGUAGUGAGUAGUGAGAUGUCCUCAAUUUCCUAGUGGGCGGGCUUCCAGUGGGGAUUAGGGGUAUUUGAAGUUCGAUAUCUUAAAAACUGGAGCAGUGAAAAUCCCAGAGACAUGGUUGAAGAAUGUAAACAGUACUGUGAGUUGGCAAUUCACACCUUAACUAAAUUCACUCAAAUGUGACCACUAAGCAUUAGAUUGAGUUUGCUAUCUAAAUUGAAAUGAACCCUAGAGAUGGUGCAAAAAUUGUAUGGAGUUUGACUUUUUUAAAAAGUGUGAGAAAUCAGUUGUCAACUUCUUGUAGGCAGUCCUGUAUUAAUUGAUGCUGGAAUCAAAGUCAAACUAAUAGUAAGUACUGUGUACAUUAUAGAUUAAUUUAUUAAUCACCUUUUUGUUCUUUUAAAUACCCAGCUUGAUACUGCUGUUGCAAAUGGUGGAGAUCUUUUUAUGCAAAAAGAAGUAGACGAGCUUAAGGAUGUUAUCCGGGUUAGUUAUGUUAGACGUUGUUUGUUAAAUACAUGACUUUUGUAUAAGUCAUGAACCAGGGCUUCUGAUACAAUGAUAGUGUGAUUUGUUUGUACAUGUGUAGAUCUACACGUGCAGUUUGUACAUGUAUGUCAAAUCAUAUCCAACAGCAUCCAACAGCAUGAUCCACAAGAAAUUUAAUCUUUCAUUAAUAAUAUUCACAUAAUUAUGCAUAAUUUAGAAAAAAUAACAAACAAAAAUGCUCCAUGCAAUUUAAGGUUACUUUGCUUUGGGAAACAUGUGCAUGUAGAUCUUCUAAAAUUUCUAAUGUUGGUGUCAAACUAAAAAAAGAUUUUCUCACCGUAUCAGAAGGUUUUGCUUCAGUUAUUCAAAACCUGGAUAAUGCAUAUUGGCUUACAUAUCUAUUACUUUUCCACUAUUGAUAGUGUCUGACGGAUAGACUGCUAGCCAACAUAUUUUGAGCAACUGGGGUCUGGUGUAAAUUUAAGGUAUAAAAUAAUGAACAUGUACCGGGUUGUAUGGUACCAGUUUAUAACAAAUCAGGGCUUCUGAUAUUUUGCGGAAAAAAAAGCAAAAUUUCACGGGAUUUUCGGGGACAAAUUCGCAGAAAAAUCGGCCAAUUUCGCAGGAUCUUCGCGGGAGAAAAGUCAAAAUUCGCAGAAAAAUUGGCCGAUUUCACGGGAUUUUAGUGGAAAAAAGUCAAAUUAUGAAGGAUUUUUAGGGGCAAAUUCUAGGAAAAAUCGGCCGAUUUCACGGGAAAUUUCGGAGGGAAACUUCGCCAAGAAACAAUCAGUAAAAAACAGCCAAUUUCGCUGGAUUUUUUUUGGGCAAAUUUAGCUAAAAUCGAUCAAUUUUGCGUCGAUAUGACCAGCGUUUUUUAACGUUUUUUUAACAGGGAUAAUCAUUUGCUCUUUCCACGACAGUUCGCUCGAGAAAUGAGCGAAUGCUAAAGCUAUUAACAUUAUGGUUAGUACCCAGUUUUUUGCAACGUUCAUCUAAAAAUGCCUGGUAGUUUUGGGAUGUUGUUUACUCGUUGCAGUGAUGAAGUUUCAGGAUAAAUUUGGACGUUUGGGGUGAAGAAAACAGGUCUAAUAGCCAAGAUAAGUAUUAAAUAUGUUUUGCCGACAUGUAUUUGGAAAUAUUUCUGGCGGAUUUCGCAGUAUUUCGCGUUUUUUGGGAAUUUCGUGGUAUUUCGCGGGUCCACGACCGCGCGAAAUAUUAGGAGCCCUGAACAAAUGUCGAAUCUACUUACUCAAUACACAAGUAGCCUGACAUGCCACAGAUGAAACCAAACCUCUAGUUAGGGUUAAAUUACGUCUGGAAUGAAGGCUAGUGGACAGAUGUAUUAUGUGAGAGUUGUCAAGAAUAUUACUCUGCACAAUUAAUUAACCUAAAAUUAAAACUUUUCUUUUCCUUCAUAAUCUUUUAUUUUUAUUUUAAAAGCACUGAUUUGUAUAAUAAUAAUUAUUAUACAAAUUAAUAUUAAUAUAAUUAAUAUUCUGUAUGAGUUUAAAUAAAAAUGACUUGACUUGACUUGACUUGGUUGCUUUAAUAAAGUAUCACUUGCAAUAUUACCAUAAAUUGUAGUAAAAAUAAUAAUAUUAACAUAAACAUUAAGUUUAUUGUGUUGAGUUUACUGACCCACCCCUGCUAUGUAGUACAUGUAGCUGAGUACGUUUAUGUGAAUUCAUACCUUUAGGUAAGUACAUUUUGUACCUUUAUGUAAGAUUUAGGCUACAAGUACACAUUAAAUUAAUUAUUCUGUAAGGUGUUUUUAGAAUUUGACUUUUUAAAGGCAAAUAAAGCACCAUAUGUGAAAUUACUGCCAACAAAGCCACAUCAAUUUUUAUGGUCUCACCAUCAUAUGAUUUCAUCCACAGACUCAAAAGUUGUAGAACCAUUUUCCAAGACUCCAUAAGGGUUGAAAGAUGUUGAGUCCAGACUUCCUUUAAACCUCAAAAGGCAAAAACCUUGAUUUUCUAAACCUAGAGCUGGGAAAAGUAGUGAGUAGUGAGAUGUCCCCAAUUUCCUAGUGGGCGGGCUUCCAGUGGGGAUUAGGGGUAUUUGAAAUUCGAUAUGUUAAAAACUGGAGCAGGGAAAAUCCCAGAGACAUGGUUGAAGAAUGUAAACAGUACUGUGAGUUGGCAAUUCACACCUUAACUAAAUUCACUCAAAUGUGACCACUAAGCAUUAGAUUGAGUUUGCUAUCUAAAUUGUAAUGAACCCUAGAGAUGGUGCAAAAAUUGUAUGGAGUUUGACUUUUUUAAAAAGUGUGAGAAAUCAGUUGUCAACUUCUUGUAGGCAGUCCUGUAUUAAUUGAUGCUGGAAUCAAAGUCAAACUAAUAGUAAGUACUGUGUACAUUAUAGAUUAAUUUAUUAAUCACCUUUUUGUUCUUUUAAAUACCCAGCUUGAUACUGCUGUUGCAAAUGGUGGAGAUCUUUUUAUGCAAAAAGAAGUAGACGAGCUUAAGGAUGUUAUCCGGGUUAGUUAUGUUAGACGUUGUUUGUUAAAUACAUGACUUUUGUAUAAGUCAUGAACCAGGGCUUCUGAUACAAUGAUAGUGUGAUUUGUUUGUACAUGUGUAGAUCUACACGUGCAGUUUGUACAUGUAUGUCAAAUCAUAUCCAACAGCAUCCAACAGCAUGAUCCACAAGAAAUUUAAUCUUUCAUUAAUAAUAUUCACAUAAUUAUGCAUAAUUUAGAAAAAAUAACAAACAAAAAUGCUCCAUGCAAUUUAAGGUUACUUUGCUUUGGGAAACAUGUGCAUGUAGAUCUUCUAAAAUUUCUAAUGUUGGUGUCAAACUAAAAAAAGAUUUUCUCACCGUAUCAGAAGGUUUUGCUUCAGUUAUUCAAAACCUGGAUAAUGCAUAUUGGCUUACAUAUCUAUUACUUUUCCACUAUUGAUAGUGUCUGACGGAUAGACUGCUAGCCAACAUAUUUUGAGCAACUGGGGUCUGGUGUAAAUUUAAGGUAUAAAAUAAUGAACAUGUAACGGGUUGUAAGGUACCAGUUUAUAACAAAUCAGGGCUUCUGAUAUUUUGCGGAAAAAAAAGCAAAAUUUCACGGGAUUUUCGGGGACAAAUUCGCAGAAAAAUCGGCCAAUUUCGCAGGAUCUUCGCGGGAGAAAAGUCAAAAUUCGCAGAAAAAUUGGCCGAUUUCACGGGAUUUUAGUGGAAAAAAGUCAAAUUAUGAAGGAUUUUUAGGGGCAAAUUCUAGGAAAAAUCGGCCGAUUUCACGGGAAAUUUCGGAGGGAAACUUCGCCAAGAAACAAUCAGUAAAAAACAGCCAAUUUCGCUGGAUUUUUUUUGGGCAAAUUUAGCUAAAAUCGAUCAAUUUUGCGUCGAUAUGACCAGCGUUUUUUAACGUUUUUUUAACAGGGAUAAUCAUUUGCUCUUUCCACGACAGUUCGCUCGAGAAAUGAGCGAAUGCUAAAGCUAUUAACAUUAUGGUUAGUACCCAGUUUUUUGCAACGUUCAUCUAAAAAUGCCUGGUAGUUUUGGGAUGUUGUUUACUCGUUGCAGUGAUGAAGUUUCAGGAUAAAUUUGGACGUUUGGGGUGAAGAAAACAGGUCUAAUAGCCAAGAUAAGUAUUAAAUAUGUUUUGCCGACAUGUAUUUGGAAAUAUUUCUGGCGGAUUUCGCAGUAUUUCGCGUUUUUUGGGAAUUUCGUGGUAUUUCGCGGGUCCACGACCGCGCGAAAUAUUAGGAGCCCUGAACAAAUGUCGAAUCUACUUACUCAAUACACAAGUAGCCUGACAUGCCACAGAUGAAACCAAACCUCUAGUUAGGGUUAAAUUACGUCUGGAAUGAAGGCUAGUGGACAGAUGUAUUAUGUGAGAGUUGUCAAGAAUAUUACUCUGCACAAUUAAUUAACCUAAAAUUAAAACUUUUCUUUUCCUUCAUAAUCUUUUAUUUUUAUUUUAAAAGCACUGAUUUGUAUAAUAAUAAUUAUUAUACAAAUUAAUAUUAAUAUAAUUAAUAUUCUGUAUGAGUUUAAAUAAAAAUGACUUGACUUGACUUGACUUGGUUGCUUUAAUAAAGUAUCACUUGCAAUAUUACCAUAAAUUGUAGUAAAAAUAAUAAUAUUAACAUAAACAUUAAGUUUAUUGUGUUGAGUUUACUGACCCACCCCUGCUAUGUAGUACAUGUAGCUGAGUACGUUUAUGUGAAUUCAUACCUUUAGGUAAGUACAUUUUGUACCUUUAUGUAAGAUUUAGGCUACAAGUACACAUUAAAUUAAUUAUUCUGUAAGGUGUUUUUAGAAUUUGACUUUUUCUACAAUAUUCUUGUUAUUUUAAAAAACAGGUAUUAAAAGAUGAAAAUGGUCGACUUUAUAAGCUUCUUGGAGAAAGGGAUGAAGAGAUGAGGAUUUUGAGGAAAGCAAGAGAUGAGGAGAAGAGAGCUUUGGCUGGUGAGAACUUUUUGUAGCUGUUAUUAUAUUUAGCAUAGCUGGGUCAUAAAAAAGCUGGCAGGAACUCUUAACCCAUUCGCCCCUGAACCGCCCAUUACCGCCCGUGCAGAUCCACAUCCUUUCGACCCUUUGUGACGUCAUCAGUUUUAACGGUCAAGGACAACUUUGUCCUCUAGCUUGUGCAGAGUGAAGAGAUCUUUCAAACCAUACCAGAAUGAGCACAAUUCAGUCAAGGACACCGGAGAAAGAGGCAAAAAACCAUGUAACAUUGACCUGAAAAUCUCCAUGAAAAUCUUGUUCCAUUGCCCACCUACCUUUCCUUUCACCUAAUCCUAAGAUCCUAAAAGCUUUCCUGAAAACUAUUCCCACCAAAAUGAAGCCUACUAAAUGCCCAGCAAGAGAAAAAAAAAUGAGGCAAGAAAAGCGAAAAAAAGAGGGGAGGAGAGAAAGCGAAAAGUAAAAGUCAAGACUGCUGUGUCACUUUUAAACCCAAAAACUAUGUCGAAAUUUUGCUUUCUGCGCAUGCCCGAACUUCGCAAGCUGAUAUUUUGCAUCUGGAUCAGAAGGCCAUCAAGUGUACGACCUAUAAACCGGUUGUGGUAAGUUUUAGCUCUUUAUAGCACGACAGUGACCAGAAAACCACUCGACUAGCUUCAAAAUGGUUUUUCGGCAAUAUCUCCAGGAGCGAAUGGGUUAAUGUUAACAAUUAAUUUUGGUCACAUAAAGCUGUACAUUGUACAUGUGUUAAUGUGGUAGUUGCCUGGUGUGGUUCUACAAGGGCUGUAAAUUCAGAGCUGUUAUUAAGAGGCAGGGGCCAGGGAUUUCCCCCGGCUACUAUGAACAUGGCCCCCGGCUACUUUCAUAUUAAAAUAGAAGAAAAAUAAAACCAAAAGGAAUCCCUAGCUGUUUGAUUCCCUGUUUGCUUGUUGUGUUUACUGACAACUUGAAAUCUUGAUAGUGACAUCCCUGAAAUUAUAAUACAUUUUCCCAUGAUAUGAUACAGAUUUUGAUACAAGGGCUACAACACAAUUCAUGAUACAAUAUGGGUACAGCAGCCCUAAACCUUUUUCCACCUGCAAAACUUUGAAUUGAGCCAAAAUAUUGCCAAAAUUUUAACAAUGUUAGAGGCUGUUUUAUAUAAUUAAUUUUGUAAAAUGUAGGGCAUGGUUGGCAUAUUCAGAAAGAACAAGAUGAAAAAAGCCCCUUCACCAAAAAUGAGCCUGUUGCUGUAAAUAUUAUUGGUGGGGAGAUAUAAGCACCAUAAUGCUCCCAAUGAAUCCAGGGAAAUCCUUCUAAAAUUGGUUUGGAUCGUAAUGAACUUUAUGAUCCAGGCCUAUUUUACAGUAGAAGGAUUAACCGUGUAUUUGGAGUCAUUGAACAAUAACGUGUUUAUGUCUCCCCACCAAUUUGCAUUUUUCGUCUUGUUUUUUCUGGAAAUACCAUAUCCUAUCCUAUAAUUUGAAUUCACAAAUUUUGUUUAGAGAGCUGUGCAUUUUAACAAUUUACAUUUACACUGUUGUUUGAUUGUUACAGCAUGUUGCUAUAAUGGUGUACAUGGGUUCAUAUUUUUUACUGUUAUGAUUGUAUAGGCAGUGGAGUGGCUGCUGAUACCGCUGCUGGUAGAAUCAUGGAACUGUCCAAGAAAAACAGGGAACUGACCGCAGACCUGGAGAGUGAGCGGAAUAAAGUGCGUCAACUGACAAAGAAAGCAAGAGACAUGGAGAGAGAGGUACAUGUACCAACGAUGAUGUUAAACCCGCUUCAGGCGGGCCCUUUCACAUGUACGUUGCAUGUGGAGAAAACCAUUCCUGGGUAGAAGGAAGGAUCACUCGCCUACCUCUUCUACCCUGUGGUAGCCAACUUUUCCUACAUUUCCUUACAAAACUUAGGGGACCCUUUACAUGACAAACAAAAAGUUGGCUUAGCUCAGGCGUAGUUAAUAGAUUGGAAUGGUGAUGAAACCUGUCAGACUUCUUUGUUAUAUGUUUUUUCUGGACCUGUCAGUGCCCAACGUUCAAUAGCAUUCCUAAUAUUUUGAUCUUAUUGAUCAAUAAACACGUCCCAUUAAUUUAUUCCCUCACUAUUUGCCAACAGAAAACAAAGGAUUGUGGGUGGGUUAAAAUAUUGUCCAUGUAAGUUUUAUGAAAUUUAUUUAAUAUUCAUAAUAGAGUGUGGAUGAGUUUCUAGUCUUAAUAUCAUAGCUGACGUAUUAUUCCUAAAUUUUCACUCGAAAUUUCAGCGUUAAUUUGUAAUUUCGCGAUUGCCAUGGCAAGCUUCCUUUCGUCUCAGUGCUAAGAUGACGACGUGGUUUUAAAACGAUGAAUGAAGAUGUCAGGGCAUUAAAAGACUCUCUAGAAAAUCUGAACACACGAAAGAGCUCACCAAGAAAGAUUUUAACAGGUGUUUUGUCACAAAUUCUGAAAAAUCUGAACUUAACCCAAAUUUAAGCUCUAAACUGUUUUGAGAGAGUGGAGUUUUCGAUCGAUACGUUCCAGGAUAAACAUGUAAAAAAUCCACGAUUGCACUCGUAAUUCGUCACCCAUGAUAUUAAUAGGUAAUCAAAUGGUAUACUCGUGAAAUUAGGAAAUAAAUUCGAUUCACUUUCGUUUAAAGGCUCGGGAAAUUAUUAGGAUUUGGACAAAACACGCAUGAAAUUAUUCCCUAAUUUCACUCGUCAUCAUUUCAUUACACAUACUUAUUGUACAUGUAUUAAGUGAACAAAAUUAAUAAUAUUACAUUGCUCUUGUUUGCGUCCUCAGUUGAUGUCUUCAGCAAAUGUUCAAGGUAUCACAAAACAGGCUGUUGCUGAGCAGAAGUCAAAAUCAGAUACAGACAAGGUAAUACUGUCUUAUUGUUAAUUGGUUCAUAAGUGUCCCAUAUAUGAUUAUGAUAGUUAAAUGCUUGUAGCUAGAACUCUGAGUGAUUUCGCCGUGGCAUGAAAGCAUUCCAGCCGCAAAAUAACCAUCAGCAACAUGGCAACCAGAAGGUUUUUGCUCGAAUGUGGAGCAUUUGAGUGUAACAGUAAAGUACAAACACACAUCUCAAGCCAAGCAAAUAGAUAAUAGGAGGAGGCAGUGUGGCCGAGUGGUUAGCCUGUCGGACACAUAGUCCAGCGGUCCCGAGUUCUAGUUCCGUUCAGAUCACUUGCUGGAUUUGUUCUCUGUCGUUCCGUGUUCAAAUCCUCAGCUACGCUUGUAAAUAGCCAACUUCAUUUCUCGGUUAUUUUAAGACCCUGAGUAUAGGUCCGGUCCUGGGAAUCGAACCCGCGACUUCACGCUUUGCAGUCAAACUUGUCCUAACGCGGUAACUUUGAAGGUGCAGUAAGUUUAAUACCCAGCUUCACUAAUAUAAUAUAAGCGUGCUUAAGUUGUUUUUAGUUAGCCUAUAUCCUUGUGCACAUUAUUUUUAUAAGGUGCUCAGGAGAAAGCAACCAAAUUAAGAUGUUGAUUUUUUUUUCAGGACAGCUCUGAAGUCACUGCCCUGCAAGAUAAACUGAAUCAGUCAAACAAUAAAUUGGCAGAGUUUAGGAAUCAGUGUGAGAAGCUCAAGAAAGACUUAAAAGUUGCACACAAGGUAUUGCUGGAACAUUACACGGAAAUUUAAAUCUUAUUGCAGUGUUAGGUACAGUAUGGUAGCAGUGUAGUUGUCACCUCAAACUUCUCAAGCCUUGCCGCCGUGUCAUUUCCUUAGAUAAGAAACUGGGAAGACCAGGAGAUGCAGACCUUGGUGAUUUGGUCUAUUUCUCAUGGGUGAAAGGAACUGUUACGGGCCGCAAUAUCGGGCUUCAGGCUUUUCUGGAGGCCCGUGUUCAAGCCUUGGAAUCGUCGUGUCGUUUCAUUAGAUAAGAACCCUAUCAGCUGUUAAAAAAGACUGGGGAAUGUAGAACCUGGUGAUGUUUCUUUCUCUCAUGUGUUAAUGGGACUUUUACGACCCGCAGUAUCUGGCUUCACGCUAUUCUGGCGGCCCAUCUUCAAGCCUUGCCAUUGUGUCGUUUCCUUAGAUAAAAACCCAAUCAGCUGUUCAAGAGGAAUAGGAGAUGCAGACCUCGUUUUUACACAGUUAGCCCAGACGUAGUGUGUAUCAACAACAUGAACAAAAUCGGAUGGAUAGGAGCUAGACUAAGAGUCGACGAUAUUCGAUCUGCAUAAUUCUUCACAUCCUACUCAGCCUCAUUCAAUAAUUGCUAACCAUACUACGGGGCGUAACCUUGCAACGAAUAAGCAUGCUGCAUGCUGGGAAGGAGUACUGUUUAAGCUAAGACAUUUUUUGGUGGCGAACGUUAACUGGGCGUGGACUUCUUGCAUUGAUUCUUAUGCCGUGUUUUUGCCCAAUUAUUCGGGAAAAUCGUCUCUUAAAUGACUGUUGGCGAUACGAAUCUGGUGGCGUCAAAGGUAUAUUUUAAAAAAGGGAACUGAAAAACCUCUCCCAUAAACGGUCUGUCUUUACCUUUUUUCACCUUACUCCGUUUCAACUCACUUUUUCUGUAGAACAUUUUUGAGGGGCAUCCGUUUUGGGGCAUUAAACAGCACUUAUGAUUGACCCAUUCACAUUUCAAUUGCCAGUAACCACAACGGGCAAAUGACUAAAAAAUUGAUUUAUUUUUAGGUACUUGCAAAGGAAGUUGGAGAUGGAUUCAACAUUACUUCACUGUUGAAUGAUUCAAGUGGGUGGAGAGGAAGACAACAGCAGAUCACAUCUUUGCAGAAUAAGGUAUAAACCGUGAAAUGAUUAAAUGCUUCUAGACCACAGCUUCUGUACAUGUAGCUAAAUAGCUGAUUCAGUGAAAUUGCUUUGGGCAUUGGGAAUUGCUCACUGGUAUUGUAAGCUACAUGUACAAGAGAGCUUUAGAUAUAAGGACGAGAACGAGUAAGAGCACGAGAUUUAACUAAAGUUUAUGUGCGUGUUCUAAAAAAGACACCCCGGAAAACUUCAUUUUAUUUUCCUUUUCACCAAAAAAAGUUAGUACGGUUAUUUAUACUGAAGGAGGUUAAGCCCUCUCCCGAUGGCAAAAUGAUAAGAUUUCUUACAUUUGAUAACUUGUUCCCGCCAUUACGACAUUCUCGCUAAAACUCGUAGUAGAAUGACGACGGCUAUCACGUUUUCCUCCCAAAAUGACUCGUAGUCGUCCUCGUCUUAGAAUCUGAAGCUUUCUAUUGUUUUGUGGCAACAGGAACCUUAAGAUUCGAGGACAGCGACAGCGGCGAAAACGUUGCAUAAACAGUGAAUUUUGGUUUUUUCAAUCUUCUUUGCGAUUAUUCCAAGUCAUGAUGCGUUGGACGGAAGACCUAUUCAUGCGAAUGAAAAAAAAGACAUGCCUUUUCCGGAUUGAAAUAAUGGUGUACGGCACACGUUUCGUCUCAUUUCUUUGCCGUCACUACACGACGAUGGCUUGAAAUUUCCUGAUGCUGUGUACUGUUACAGUAGUACAUUUGACGGAGGACCUAAACACAAGACGUUCAAUUAUUCUUUCUCUUUCUCUCAACUUGGUAACGGUCUAAAUAAUUCACGCCCAGUAGAAUUUGGCCACAUUUUUUCUUUUUUUUGUGUGACAUUUUUGUUGCUGCCUCCUGUCUUUAACCUUUAAUUUCCUCAUUUUGUAAGAUCAAUAUGAUCAUUGGUUUCUUUAAUGGACUAUUACUUGAUGUACUCGCUGUUUCGUACUGAACCACUGAUUUACUUUUGAAUUUCAAUGAUAAGUAUUGAAAUCCUGUCCGCCUAUUUCAAUACUUCUUAAAUUGUUCCAAUGAGGGACAUGGUGGACAUACCCCCCCCCCCUCCUCCCAAAUCGAUUUUUUAGUUUUGACCCUUAAGUCUUUCUUUUACCACAAACAACGUUGAUUCGGGGAUAAGGGGAUUUACGGCGUUUAAACAGAACGAGAAAAUAAAUAAAUGAAAUUGUUGAUGAAAGCACGCGUUUCAGGCAAGUAUGUCAACUACUUUGUUCCUGAUUGUAGGUAACAGAGCUAAAAAGUCAGUUGGGACAGGUUGCUCGAAGCAGCUCAGCCACAUCUAACAACAUUCUCUUGAGGUCAGCGAUGAUGUCACCCUCAUCAUUACCAUCCCAGUAUGAUGAGAAACAUCGCUCUGUGCUGAAGAAAAUUGAAAAGGAUCGCAAGGAAGCACAGGAGGUGAGAAGCCAAUAUUAGCGACUUUUAAGAUCCAAUGACGCGGACGGCAACGAGAACGUCAAAAAAACGAAAGGUUUAAUAAGCAAAACAACAACUUUGCACGUGCAUCACGCUUUUUUGUACAUUUCUUUCCCGUUUUUGCACGACUUCAUCGUGAAAAUGCCUAAUUUCGCGUCUUAAGGAGGACGUAAACAAGCAACGACGAAAUUUAAUUUCUCUUUCUGAGCUUGAAUAUGGUCACUUGAAAUUCAGCUUCAAGAAGUUUCGCCUACAUUUCACAAAGUAAGUGGGUAGGAAUAAUCGCUCCUGAUAUCAAAAGAACGCAAAUUUACUUUUUAAGCGACGUUCUCGUUGCCUUCACUCGUUGGAUCUUAAAGUCCCUAUUGUGAACGCUUUAAAACGGCUCGGUGUCACCGCUCUACAGUUGAUUUAGUUGAUAUUGCUAAUUACGCUUCCUUAUGCGCCAUGAAACUUAAUGUUAGCAAAGAGGUUAAUUGUAUAUUACAAAUGCGCAGCUUCUUUUCCGACAAAUUACCUCCCGAGAAUAUUAUAACAUGUUAAAAACUACAAAAGUGACCUUUGAAAAACUAGUAGGCUAACAAGUUUGAAAAAAUCAACAAUAUAUGCAAUCCGUUUUAAUCUUCUUUAACUUUGUCCAUCCCUGCCUCCUUUUGUAUUUUCUGUGUUAUUUAUGCAUUCUUUCAAUGUUUUGAGUGAUUGUUUUUGUUUCACUUAGUUUGGUGGCAGGUCUUACAGUUUGAAUUUUGAUAAAUUUCGUGAAAGGCUCCUUUAACUGAUAGAGGUUUCACACAAUUGCAAUCCCUUUUAAUCUCCUUCAAGUUUGUCCAUCCAUGCCUCCUUUUGUACUUGCUGUGUUAUUUAUACCUUCUUUUAAUGUCUUGAGCGGUUAUUUUUGUGUUUCACUCAGUUUGGUGGCAAUUCCUACUGUUAGAAUUUUUGCCGGAUAAAAUUCCUUUAACUCCUAAGUGAAAAUCACAUUGAUCGAAAUAUUUAUAUCGGUUCCGCUACACGUUCGACUACUGUAACUGAUAAAUGACUUUCUGUUUUUCUGACUUUUCGUGGUUGAUAAAAUAAUGGCUGUAUUGUGGUUACAAGCCCAUGUUUCGAAAACUGAGGUGUCGAAGCAUGACUGGCACUGCUAGCUUGAACAGUUAUAGAAAGAGCACUUCAGCAAUCAGUAACACGUGAAUUUACUUGAGGCUCAAGCCGGUUCAAAAGGUAGAUAGCGCUAUCCACCGGAUACUAGAUCUCUAUCCAUUGAAUAGCGCAAUUAGUUUUCCUAAUACUUAUCCAAUGGAUAGUGAUUUAUUGAUCCGGUGAAUAGCGCUAUCCAGCUUUUGAACAACUGGGGCCAGACCACACGUAGAUGUAGUUUGAGGCAAAGCACAAAUAACCCAAAACUUGAACAGGAUUUAAUUCUAAACAGUACGUCCUAGAUUUGAUACAUUGAUGCUUGCAUGCGGUAGGACUGUGUUGAACAACUAGGGAAAUUUCUUUGCUUUUACACGCUAUUAUGUGUGUAUAUUUUAUGGGCAAAGUGGUAAUUUUACUCCAUACCCCAGCUGUUGAAAGGCUGGAUAGUGCAAUCCACCCGAUAAAUCACUAUCCAGUGGAUAAGAAUUAGGGAAACCAAUUGCACUUAUCCACUAAACAGAGAUUUACCACGUUUUGUACUGCUGGGGCCAGGUGUUCUAUCCCUGAACCACCACGAACACUAACAGUACCUAAACUGGCAACAAUACUUAUAAGUACAAACACGAGGCCGACGGUGCGCUCAUUUUACCCCCUUCUCUCCAACAGUGCUCUGUUUUACGGGUGUUAAAGGUACUAAAGCUACACGGAACAUUGUGCUCAGUAUCUCCCUCACAGAAGGUCGCCGUACACUAACCGGCUGUGCUUAUCCUUGCUCUUGUGCACAUUAACGUCUAGAUAUAUAUCCAUGAACCUGUAAAUGUUACUGUUACUGGAGACUCUGCAAGUCGGAGAAAGCAUUUGUAACAUGAUAAACUACCAUCUGCUUAAAAGAUGUCCAAUUAGACAUAAAAUCCUUUGCUUUGGAACCAUUUUUUGUUGGUGUCAGCGGUUAAUUCGGAGUCUUUCUUUUCGUGACGAGCUUAACAUGAUUAUUGUCUUAGUGACUAACUUUCUGUUGUUUAUUGUUUUUGUUAGAAAACACAAGCGGAGUUAGAGAACCUGGAUCGAGAACACACCAAACUACAACAAAAACACGACGCUGCCAAGGCACGCAAUAAGGUGCUGACUAGUGACUUGAAAGGACUGAAGGCUCAAGUACAAACGCUAUUGGAAAAAGGCGCUCAUGACGAUGAGCUCAUUGCUGCACUUAUGGUGAGGAUACCAUGAACUGCCGCUUAUAAGCCCCCACACUUAUAAUCCCCCCUUCACCCCCUACACACACACACUUAUGCCCUUCAGUUAUAUACUCAUAUUCAUACACCUGUAAAUAAAACAAAACAAAAUACAUCCGGUUAAACCCCCUCCCUGGAAAAUAAGCCCCGUUUUAGCUUCUUCCUCCUAGGAUUACCACCUCAAUAAAACGUCGCAUUAGGAAGUUUCACGUCGAAGUAGUGCAGUGGAUGUCAAAACCAAUUGUUUUUUGACGUGAUCGUCGUCGUCGUUGUAGUUGCUUAAGCUCACUAUUCAUAAAGUCUUGUGACAUUUCUGCCAGAGAGAGCAACAACAGCUUAAAAGUCAGGCUGCUAGCAGAAAGGCAACCACCCCACCGCCACCCCCUAAGGGAACGUCCCAGGACAAGGCGCAGAUGGAACAUCUAAAGCAAGUGUGCCAAGAAAGGGAUCUGCGAAUACAGCAGUUGGAGAAAGAACUGGGUCACGCCAGGCUUGAACUUAAAAACACUACAGAAAAAUACAAACAAUUAUCUGAGCGCGAGACUAAAUCUGUGGCUUGCUGCACUGAAGAUUUAACAACGAACGAGGAAAGAGUAGAACAGAAUGGACCUAGUUACGGUUUUACUGGCGUUAAUACUCAAGCUACAAGAACUGUGCCAGGUUACGGGUUUGUUAAUAGUUCUGUAGAAGGUCCAUUGCUUAAGGGACCUUACCCACAGGGUGCUGAGGACUUAGGGGCUCAAAACAAUGGUUUCAUACCGUCAAGGAAAUAUGUGCCCCCUGAAGGACCAAGUAGAAACCAAAUUGGAUCCGUGCCAGGUAGUCCGGCCAGGCGGCAUGUGAUGUCCAGAGGAAGUGUGCAAGGUACAUCGGGAAGGGGAUCUGCACAGGGAUACCAGCUCCCUCCUACACCUCCCAGUGGUGGACGUGGAAGCAGAGGUCGCAGGAAUAGUGCAGGAGGCAGGUACGUAUGAAUGUUAUUCCGCCUGGUGGAGAAUUUGCAAAAAGAAAAUCGCGUGUGUAUAUAGUGAAUGUGACCGACUAAUCCGUCCUUCGUUUUCCCCCCCUUUUCCUUCCGUUUGACGCCUGCCACGCUGGCUAAACAAGAAAAGAUUUGCCUGCGUUGCAGUCAGACCUGUCACUAGCCCGAGACCUAGGGCGCUUUCCAUUCAACAAAAAGUCCGGUUUGAAAUUUCGGAAAUUCCACGCGCCCAAUGGAAGGUACAUUCGGUUGCACAGACCCGACCCAGGCCACCGCGCGUUUGGUUAUAUGUUCUUGUAAGCAGGUUACAAAAGAGCAGUACUGGGGACAACAAUUUUGUCAAAUGGAAAGGAACAUUUCGGUCCGACCGACCAAAAUGACCAGACCGGUCAAAGUGGACCUGGUGGUUCCAAAUAUUCCGGUCGGAACAAACCGAAAUGGUCCGUUCCAUUUGAUCUACCAACCGAAAUUUCCGGAAUUUUGGGUUGAAUGGAAAGCGCCCCUAGAUAAAGAACUCAAUAAAUUAUCGGGGAUUCAGACUAUCUGCGACGCAGGCUACAAAAGUGUUCAGAAAAAGCUUAGUUCUUUUUUGUACUUGCGCUAAAUAACAUAAUUUUAUUUGAAGCCAAUGACCUGUACGCUCCGAGCCUUUGUCGUUCGCGUAGGUUAACCAUGUAAACGUGAUAGAAAAUCACGUAGUCAUCUCGGUAUGGAACUCGCGCCGGUGCCGGGCGCGAGUUUCCGCCUUCAAACACGCCCUCGCAGACGUUAUGGGGAGAACGAAUUUGCCCCCCCCCCCCCCCCCCUCCGCCCCUCAUCCCGUGUCCAUACAAAAGUCUCUGUAUUGUAAAAAAAUUGCGAAUCUGCUGAACCAUAUCUUUCCUAGUUUUACAUUUCACUAUUUCUAUGUAUCACUAUAAAUCUUGGCAACUUUACUGACUUUAAGAGGCUCUGUCCAGGAGUGUUGAUGUUUGUUCGCUGAAAAAAAAAAAUAGACUAAUGGAAGACCUCUCUGUUAAGACAAACGUAAUCAGGCUAUCAAGACACACGGCUUUAGUUUAAAACCAUGGACUGGUUUUUUGUUGUUUUCAUUUGUUUACAGCGACGAAGUUCAGUUGUUAAAAUCCCAAGUACAGGAGAGUAAGUCUUUAUGCCAGGCAGCUGAAGUUGAGAGAGAUCGGCUGUUAGAACUAGUGUCGCUUCUACAGAAAAGGUAAGAUCUCCAUAGUAAAUCGUCUGGUGCGCUGGUGUUUGUAUAUUUGUUUGGGGCUGACAAUAAUGUUAACAGGCUGCCUGUUGGGGAAAAGGGCGAGACAGCUACGCUUUAAUGUCCAGUUUAGAUUUCUGCUUCUGCAUCGGUCUUCUGUCGAAUUUCACAGUGAGACUGCUUUUGGGACGCGAUCACUUCUUUCGUUAGCUAUUGCGAAGUUGCAUGGGAAAACUGCGGCAAAGUUCGUCCCCUAAAACAGUGCCAUGGUGCAAUUCGAUAGAACACCGACACAGUCUCAAGCGCAGUCUCUGAAUAUACUCCUACCGCCGCUAUAUUGGAAUACGAGAAGACUCUGGGAAAGAGGUUGACCCAGUCAACUAAGCUGAACUUGAAAGGAUUAGUCAUUCACCAUUCCAGAAACUAUAAGAGAAAUGGAUACAAACUUUCGGCGCAACAGUUAACAAGCAUUAGUUAUGAUUGGUUUAUGGUUGCCUUGAAUACCAUCGACCAAUCAUAACUGAUGCUUGUCCACCCAAAUGAUCCCAGAAAUCGUUGCGCCUAAAGCUUGUACCCAUUCCUCUUAUAGUUGGUGAAGUAGGGAACUCAUCAGGUUUUGAUCAGUUAUCACCUUUGAUCUGCAAAGAGGAAAAAAAAAGCGGCAAGAGAACUUUAGAUUGUAGGACGACACGAGUACGAGAUUUUCUUGAUACUUAGUACUGCUCUCACGCGUCAACCAGCUUUAUUAGGGACUUUAAGAUCCAACAACGCGGACGGCAACGAGAACGUCAUAAAAACAAUAGGUUUAAUAAGCAAAACAACAACUUUGCACGUGCAUCACACUUUUUUGUUUAUUUCCUUCCCGUUUUUGCACGACUACGACGUGAAAAUGCCUAACUUCGCGUUUUACGGAGAACGUAAACAAGCAUCGACGAAAUUUGAAUUCUGUUUCUGAGCCUAAAUCUGGUCCCUUGAAAUUCAACUUUAGGAGGGUUCGCCUACAAUUGACAAAGUAAGUGGGUAGGAAUAAUUGCUAUAAACACUGGAAGAACGAAAAUUCACUUUUAAAGCGACGUUCUUGUUGCCGUCGCGUCGUUGGGCCGUAAAGUCCCUAUUUUGGCUGGAAAACGUGAUAGCCGUCGUCAGAGAGGGCUUAACUUCCUUCAGCAUAAAUAACCGUAUUAACUUUUUCGGUGAAAAAGAGAGUAAAAUGAAGCUUUUUGGGGUGUCUUUUUUUUUAAACGAUCUAAAGAAUGCGAGGUCGUGGGCUCGAUCCACGGGAGCAGGCCAAUUUUCACGGUCUUAAAAUGACUAGGGAAGAAGAUUCCACCUUUACCCACGUAAGAUUUCACCUUUUAACGUGUUUUCCGUACGAUGUUAUUCCGUAGAGUUGAUGAGGCUAAAAACAUGGAGUUGGAAGCAAGCAACAAGUGGCAGCAAGAAAGACGUCAAGUGGCUCACUUGGAGAAACAGCUGAGUAGAGUGCAGUCAGGACAGGGCGUGGUCAAGGGGAAGGGGAAGGGGUACGGAACAGGAGGUACAAAGGGACCUUACCCACAGGGUGCUGAGGACUUAGGGGCUCAAAACAAUGGUUUCAUACCGUCAAGGAAAUAUGUGCCCCCUGAAGGACCAAGUAGAAACCAAAUUGGAUCCGUGCCAGGUAGUCCGGCCAGGCGGCAUGUGAUGUCCAGAGGAAGUGUGCAAGGUACAUCGGGAAGGGGAUCUGCACAGGGAUACCAGCUCCCUCCUACACCUCCCAGUGGUGGACGUGGAAGCAGAGGUCGCAGGAAUAGUGCAGGAGGCAGGUACGUAUGAAUGUUAUUCCGCCUGGUGGAGAAUUUGCAAAAAGAAAAUCGCGUGUGUAUAUAGUGAAUGUGACCGACUAAUCCGUCCUUCGUUUUCCCCCCCUUUUCCUUCCGUUUGACGCCUGCCACGCUGGCUAAACAAGAAAAGAUUUGCCUGCGUUGCAGUCAGACCUGUCACUAGCCCGAGACCUAGGGCGCUUUCCAUUCAACAAAAAGUCCGGUUUGAAAUUUCGGAAAUUCCACGCGCCCAAUGGAAGGUACAUUCGGUUGCACAGACCCGACCCAGGCCACCGCGCGUUUGGUUAUAUGUUCUUGUAAGCAGGUUACAAAAGAGCAGUACUGGGGACAACAAUUUUGUCAAAUGGAAAGGAACAUUUCGGUCCGACCGACCAAAAUGACCAGACCGGUCAAAGUGGACCUGGUGGUUCCAAAUAUUCCGGUCGGAACAAACCGAAAUGGUCCGUUCCAUUUGAUCUACCAACCGAAAUUUCCGGAAUUUUGGGUUGAAUGGAAAGCGCCCCUAGAUAAAGAACUCAAUAAAUUAUCGGGGAUUCAGACUAUCUGCGACGCAGGCUACAAAAGUGUUCAGAAAAAGCUUAGUUCUUUUUUGUACUUGCGCUAAAUAACAUAAUUUUAUUUGAAGCCAAUGACCUGUACGCUCCGAGCCUUUGUCGUUCGCGUAGGUUAACCAUGUAAACGUGAUAGAAAAUCACGUAGUCAUCUCGGUAUGGAACUCGCGCCGGUGCCGGGCGCGAGUUUCCGCCUUCAAACACGCCCUCGCAGACGUUAUGGGGAGAACGAAUUUGCCCCUCCCCUCCCCUCUCCGCCCCUCAUCCCGUUUCCAUACAAAAGUCUCUGUAUUGUGAAAAUUUUGCGAAUUUGCUGAACCAUAUCUUUCCUAGUUUUACAUUUCACUAUUUCUAUAUAUCACUAUCAAUCUUGGCAACUUUACUGACUUUAAGAGGCUCUCUCCAAGAGUGUUGAUGUUUGUUCGCUGUAAAAAAGAAUAGACUAAUGGAAGACCUCUCUGCUAAGACAAACGUAAUCAGGCUAUCAAGACACAGGGCUUUAGUGUAAAACCGUGGACUGGUUUUUGUUGUUUUCAUUUGUUUACAGCGACGAAGUUCAGUUGUUAAGAUCCCAAGUACAGGAGAGUAAGUCUCUAUGCCAGGCAGCUGAAGUUGAGAGAGAUCGGCUGUUAGAACUAGUCUCGCUUCUACAGAAAAGGUAAGAUCUCCAUAGUAAAUCGUCUGGUGCGCUGGUGUUUGUAUAUUUGUUUGGGGCUGACAAUAAUGUUAACAGGCUGCCUGUUGGGGAAAAGGGCGAGAUAGCUACGCUUUAAUGGCCAGUUUUAGUUUCUGCUUGAGAGUGCAUGGGUUUUGUGUCGAAUUUCACACUGAGACUGUUAUGGGACGCGAUCACUCCUUUCGUUAGCUAUUGCGAAGUUGCAUGGGAAAACUGCGGCAAAGUUCGUCCCCUAAAACAGUGCCAUGGUGCAAUUCGAUAGAACACCGACACAGUCUCAAGCGCAGUCUCUGAAUAUACUCCUACCGCCGCUAUAUUGGAAUACGAGAAGACUCUGGGAAAGAGGUUGACCCAGUCAACUAAGCUGAACUUGAAGGAAUUAGUCAUUCACCAUUCCCGAAACUAUAAGAGAAAUGGAUACAAACUUUCGGCGCAACGUUUAACAAGCAUUAGUUAUGAUUGGUUAAUGGUUGCCUUGAAUACCAUCGACCAAUCAUAACUAACGCUUGUCCACCCAAAUGAUCCCAAAAAUCGUUGCGCCUAAAGCUUGUACCCAUUCCUCUUAUAGUUUGUGAAGUGGGGAACUCUUCAGGUUUUGACCAGUUAUCACCAUUGAUCUGCAAAGAGGAAAAAAAAAAGCGGCAAGAGAACUUUAGAUUGUAGGACGACUACGAGUACGAGAUUUUCUUGAUACUUAGUACUGCUCUCACGCGUCAACCAGCUUUAUUAGGGACUUUAAGAUCCAACGACGCGGACGGCAACGAGAACGUCAUAAAAACAAUAGGUUUAAUAAGCAAAACAACAACUUUGCACGUGCAUCACACUUUUUUGUAUAUUUCUUUCCCGUUUUUGCACGACUUCGACGUGAAAAUGCCUAAUUUCGCGUUUUACGGAGAACGUAAAAAAGCAUCGACGAAAUUUGAAUUCUGUUUCUGAGCCUAAAUAUGGUCCCUUGAAAUUCAACUUUAGGAGGGUUCGCCUACAAUUGACAAAGUAAGUGGGUAGGAAUAAUCGCUAUAAAUACUGAAAGAACGAAAAUUCACUUUUAAAGCGACGUUCUUGUUGCCGUCGCGUCGUUGGACCGUAAAGUCCCUAUUUUGGCUGGAAAACGUGAUAGCCGUCGUCAGAGAGGGCUUAACUUCCUUCAGUAUAAAUAACCGUAUUAACUUUUUCGAUGAAAAAAAAGUAAAAUGAAGCUUUCUGGGGUGUCUUUUUUUUUUUAAACGAUCUAAAGAAUGCGAGGUCGUGGGCUCGCUCCACGGGAGCAGGCCAAUUUUCACGGUCUUAAAAUGACUAGGGAAGAAGAUUCCACCUUUACCCACGUAAGAUUUCACCUUCUAACGUGUUUUCCGUACGAUGUUAUUCCGUAGAGUUGAUGAGGCUAAAAACAUAGAGUUGGAAGCAAGCAACAAGUGGCAGCAAGAAAGACGUCAAGUGGCUCACUUGGAGAAACAGCUGAGUAGAGUGCAGUCAGGACAGGGCGUGGUCAAGGGGAAGGGGAAGGGGUACGGAACAGGAGGUACAGUGCAAGACCGACAAGCAAAGAUGGAAGACUUGGAAGAGCUGUCAACCAGGUAAACAAAAGUGAAACCUGUGAUAACUUCUAUUCAGUACUUGCAAGUCUGGUUUUUUCGGUCACGCGAGCUUUUUAAAGCAGGAAUUGGGUGCAGUGAAGUGGCACCAACACGAGAGAAAAACUCGACACCGUCGGCACUUUUUCCAUUUCUAUCGUCUAGUAGUCGUCCGUCUCUUUGCGCUAGAGAAUAUGCCAUUACUAAAUUCUGUUCUUUUUUGUCACAAGUUAUCUUUGGUUUUUAAAAGCAGUGUUACGAGAAACAGAUUCAAGUGUCUCCUUCACUGAGGGAUAGUUCUUCGUUUUCACCGAAAUAUCUUUAUCAUUGACUACGUAGGAAGCGAAAGUUGGAGCGUGAGCAAAAAAAAAAAAAAAGGAAGAACAGGGGCGAACCUAACCAUAACGUUUUUUCCCCUCCCCCUUUAUCCCUCUUUAUUUGCUCUCGUCCUAACUUUCUCAACGAACCCGAACCCGCUCGGAAACGCUUGCUACUCAGGCUAUCAUUAUCAGAGACUUUUAUACCAAUAAUAAAAGUAUCUUAAUAAGAUCUGUUAAUGCAGGUCUGUCCUUCUCAUAUCAUCGAUAGAACUGUACCCUAUCCGUAUGUGUGUAUUCUGCCCACAGGCGGAUCCUUCCUUAUAGUUCUCGAUCUAAGGCGCGCCUCUUGACCGCUAUGUCAGGGCUGCCAUCCUUUACUCUAUCCAGCAUUCCCACUCGAGGUCUUCCAGGUGGUCUCUCUCCUAUUAUUCUUCCCUCAAUUACUAAUGGGACAAGAUCGCCAUGCCGUAGGGUAUGACCAAGCCAGACUCUCUGUCUUCUGUUGAUAAGAGAUAUGAUGGCCCUCUCCUCACCGUCAGGCCUCAAUACUUCUUCGUUACAGACUUUGUCAGACCAAGUCAUGUUCAAGACCUUUCUUCAAACCCACAUCUCACAGCUCUCCAGCCUUCGCACAUCAAAUAUAAAAUGCAGUCACAGAGACUAACCUCUUUUCAUUUUCUUCAUGAAUGAAUAAUACGUUUUCUAAUAUCUUCACCAGACUCGCCAUUCAAACAGACGAAAACGACGCACUAAAGGAAGCUCUUAACUCCACUUUGAAAGCGAAAGAAGAGGACUUGAAAUUUUACCAGGAGAUGAUGGAUCAAACUAAAAAGAUUUUUGUUCAAGGCCUGAGACAGUUUAGACAGAACUCAGCACCCAGCUAGGUGGCGGAUAAUUGUGCAUAACGCGCCACAUAAUCAAUAUUUAUUUUUUUUAAUAAACCGUUAUUAUUUGA